AUGCUAGGCUUCAUAUGCGAAUGCAUCCAUCCCCUGCAGCAGCAGCUGCAAUGGCUGCUUUUACUUCUCUUGCAGGAGUGGCCUGCCGCAGUUGCGACGGGUUUAUGUGCGUAUGCAGCACAGACACUCCUACAGGGGCUGCCCUUUUUCUUUGGGUGCAUGCGAGACUAUCCUUCCCCCCUUGCUUUCUACUCGUGGAAUCUGCUGCGGCUGCUCCGUCGGAGGCGGAGCAGCGGCGCCAGCAACAACAACCGCUGGAAAAGGGAUGUUGCGUCUUCACCCCUGCAGCAUCAUCAGCACCAUAGCGCAUGUCGCCUGCUCGGAGUGCAGCACGUGGCUCCCGCUGCAGCGUCGGGUUCCCCCGAUGUUUCCGAUGCCCACAUAGCGUCUUGUCGGAGCAGCAGCAGCCUCAGCAGCAGUAACAGCGGCAGACAAAAGCUAGGCGGAAGGCAGCGAACACGGCCCCCCAUGACACUCGCAGUGGAUCUUGACGAAACACUUGUUCUUUCCACCCAAUGCAAACUUUUCGCGUCUCAGAAGAGCGUGCCGAUGCGUGUCAGCUCUGGACUUGUCACCUUUCAAGUCGCAAAGCGACCACAUGCAGAUUACUUUCUCCAGGAGCUUUAUGAUCUAUAUGAGAUCGUUAUUUUUACCGCAAGUAGGCAGGAGUACGCGCAUGCCGUCCUUGACGCUACAAAUCUAGUACACUACGUGGAUCGCGUUUUCUCGCGAAGCGACUGUAUCCUGACGGAAAACUUUGUGCCUAUUGGCGGCUGGUUCGGGAGCGAAGCAGAUGAGCAACUCCUCUGCCUUCUUCCCCUCCUGCAUGCACUGCGAGCAGCAAAGGAUCUUUUACAGCCUCCUUCCCAGCGCAUGAAUGGUCAGCAGCAGCACAAGCAGCAGUUGCUGCAGAUGCGACGCCAGGAGCGCCUUGGUCUGACUCCGCAGCAAGCGAAAGAGCAGGAGCUGCAGAGACCUCAUCUCCGCUUCCGGCAGCAGGAGCAACAGAGUAUCUGCCCCCCCACGCUGUCUCUAGCAGCCAUUGAUGCAUGCAGAAGAGCAGUUGGCACGGCGCAGGCCUUUGUGGCUGCCACUCCGCAGCUUGUUGGGGAACUGCAGCAGCUUUGGCAGCAGCGAAUGGGGCGUUGCAUGGCC